UGGAAUAUAAAAUUUCAAUUUAGCAUCACAUAACAGGAGAGGAUAUUCGGCAUUAUUAAUUUUUUUUUACAGGACUUUCGUCGAACACUUAACAACCAUCCAUAGAACCAUAAACAGAGGUGGAGACGAAGCUUCAACCCCAGAAGUAGCAGAUCUACUCUUAUUCUUUCAAUCAUGGCGACCGUCGAUGUUCUUCAGAGAGAAGAAGAAUUUCGUCUUUCCCCUCCUAUUAUUGACCCCACAAGAGGAGAGAAUGCAAAAUCCCGUGGAUUGUCAAUUGAGAAGAAGAUAGAGUUUCUUGAAAACUUGGCUGGAAAGGUUAGCAACCGAAGAUCUCGUAGGUGGUUAAAUGACCGCCUUUUGAUGGAACUUGUCCCACGUUUGAAUGCAGAAGAAAUUAGAGGCCUGUUUUCUCCACCACCGUGGGGUAAUGAUGUACCAGAGUCACCAUUUUCUAUGACUAAUGCGGUAGAGUGGGACAAAUUUAGGAAUAUAGACAUGGACAAAGAGGCUAAUUUUAUUGAUUCUCUAAAGGGUUCUCCUGCAAAGAGCAAAGGCCAAGUUGAUCCUGAUAAGAUGGCUGUCUUAAAUGCUUGGCAUAGAAUUGAUUGUCGUACCAGAGAUGCACUUCGGCGUAGUUCCCUUUGGGUACUUAUUGAGGGCUAUGAGGACUGCAUACGGACUUACAUUGCAGAUAGUGGAGAGGAGGAUGUCCUCACCCUUCGGGUCCAAGACCCUUUCCAUAGGUUGUUGCUGCAUGGUGUUUGUGAGUUCUACAAUUUGGAAUCGGUGACGGUGAAAAAGUCAGAAGAUGCAGAGUCUUCUAAGACAACCAGGAUAACAAAGAAGAAAAGGGGUGAUGUUGAAAUCCCAAGUAUUCAUCUUUCACAUUUUUUAAGAAUGUCCAAGGAAGGUGUUUGGUAAUUUAUUGGCCAGGGGAGGGAGGGGCAUCCCUAUUCCAGUGUACUUUGAAUAAAGAUGUGGAUGCCCAAUCUAAAUGUAAAAUAUUUUAUUAGGCUGUCCAGUUUAUCACCUGUAAACUUGGUUUAUGGACAGUUUAGGUUUAGAAUCAUUUGAAAGCUUUAAUGUACGAAUAGAUAUGUGUUGUAUUGUUUUUGUAGUCCCAGUUAUAUUGUCUCAAAUUCAAUGACAGAUACUUUCAAUUCUUAUUCAUAUCUUUCAUUAAUGUACAAUUAACUGUGGUUUUUUUCUUAAUAAAAUAUUAUUGUGAGCA